AUGGCUGGUGAUGAAUUCGAAGACGAGGAAGAUGAAGAAGACUUGGACGAAGACGACGAAGAAUCCUACUCGGACUGGGAAGAAGAUGAAGAAGGAGAGGAAUCAGAAGAAGAAACAUCCAUUGCAAACAACAACACAACCACCACAACAACAUCUGCUACAACUACAACAACAGCAACAACAACUACAACAUCAUCUAAUAAUCACCACCAUCACAAUAAUGUUACUACGUCUUCGACUCGUUCAGCUCGCUCAUCAGUCUCUUCACGUCAUUCUCAUGGAUCUGCUGCUUCAGACGCUUCUCAACCACGUGUGUCGGAAGACAAUGGUUCAGUCGACAGCUCGGAUGCCGCUGGAAGUACGUCUUCUGCCAGACCUCCAGUCGUUCGACAAGAUAAUGAACAACAACGCAAGGAGAAAGAAGUAGCUGUAGCUCAACAGCAGACUGAUUUGAGACGUCGUAUUAUGACUAUUCAGCAAGAUACCACAAUCUCUCCUGCAGACAAGGCAAAGAAGAUUCAGGAACUCAUGACAAACCAAUGGAAUAGCAAGCAAAAGUCAACAAGUUCUCGUGGUGCUAUGGCCAGCAACAAAUUGGAGCACAAGCGUUCUGACUUUGAUGCUAUUACUGAUACCGAUCGUUCCAAGACUUACCACGACAAAGAUGCUCAAAUUUUGGGAUGCAAGCAUUAUCAAAGAGCUACCAAAUUACAAGCUCAUUGCUGUGGAAAGUGGUAUACCUGUCGAUUCUGUCAUGACGAAGUUUCAGACCAUAAUAUCAUUAGAAACUUGACCACCACCAUGAUGUGUAUGUACUGCAACAAGGUUCAACCCGCUGGACAGGACUGCGUCAAUGCCGAAUGCAAACGUCGAGUAUCAAAGUAUUACUGCAAGGAGUGCAAGUUGUGGGAUGAUGACCAACGCAAGAACAUUUACCAUUGUUAUGAUUGUGGUAUUUGUCGAAUUGGAAAAGGAUUGGGUCAAGAUUACUUCCACUGCAAAAAGUGCAAUGUUUGUAUGGCUAUCUCCCUCAAAGGUCGUCACAAGUGUAUUGAACGCAACUUGGAGUCUGAUUGUCCAAUCUGUGGCGAAUAUAUGUUUACCUCUACUACUACUGUCAUCUUCAUGCCUUGUGGACACUGUAUUCACUACAAGUGCCACCAAGAAUAUAUUCAGACGUCAUAUCAAUGCCCAACAUGUUUUAAAUCGCUUGCCAAUAUGACGGAAUACUUCAAACGUAUUGAUGCCAUGCUGGCACAACACCAGAUGCCACCCGAAUAUGCCAACUCACGGUCCCUGAUAUAUUGCAAUGAUUGUGAGAAGAGAAGUUGGGCCAAAUUCCAUUUCCUAUACCACAAAUGCAACGAAUGCAAAGGAUACAACACAAAGAUUCUGAAAACCGUGGAUAUCUUACCUGGACAACCCUUCCCUGGAGAAUCGGAAUUGGAUGUCAAGACAGGAGCAGGAGCAAUUGGCGCAAGUGGUAGUGCAUCUGGAACGCCGACUUCUGCUGCUACGAUGGUUGAUGUUGACACAGCCAUGACCAGUAGUGUUGCCGCAAUCACCGUGAAUACUGCCCUCAUUACAGCUACAGAACCACCAGCAUUGGCUAGACGGGGAAGCGAGUCUGGGUCGAGUACUCACUCAGCAUCUUCCUCAUCUUCCACCACAUCCAUGUAUUGA